GAAGAGGAGCGGCAGAGAUGACUGCCAUUAACGCAGGAAACGUUAACUUCAAAUGGGAUCCCAAAAGCCUGGAGAUAAGAACACUGGCAGUGGAGAGGUUGUUAGAACCCCUUGUCACACAGGUUACGACACUCGUCAAUACUAGUAACAAGGGCCCUUCUAACAAGAAGAGAGGCCGCUCUAAAAAGGCACAUGUUUUAGCCGCAUCAGUUGAGCAAGCCACAGAGAACUUCUUGGAGAAAGGAGACAAAAUUGCAAAAGAGAGCCAGUUUCUUAAAGAAGAGUUGGUGGCUGCUGUGGAAGAUGUGCGCAAACAAGGAGACUUAAUGAAGAGUGCCUCUGGAGAAUUUGCUGAUGACCCGUGUUCGUCUGUGAAACGAGGGAACAUGGUGAGAGCUGCCCGUGCCCUCUUGUCGGCAGUUACCCGGCUGCUCAUUUUGGCCGACAUGGCAGAUGUGUACAAGCUACUUGUUCAGCUUAAAGUUGUAGAAGACGGCAUCCUGAAACUCAGAAAUGCUGGUACUGAACAGGAUUUAGGAAUACAGUACAAAGCCCUUAAACCAGAGGUGGAUAAACUUAAUAUAAUGGCAGGCAAGAGACAACAGGAAUUAAAACAUAUAGGUCAUCGUGAUCAGAUGGCUGCAGCCAGAGGAAUUCUUCAGAAAAACAUCCCUAUACUGUACACCGCUUCUCAAGCAUGCCUGCAGCAUCCCGACGUAGCCGCUUACAAAGCCAACAGGGACUUGAUCUACAAGCAACUGCAGCAGGCAGUUACGGGAAUCUCUAAUGCAGCCCAAGCGACCGCUUCAGAGGACUCAGUUCAGCAGCACGGUGGUGGGGGAGAGUUGGCAUACGCCCUUAACAACUUUGAUAAACAAAUUAUUGUGGAUCCUUUGAACUUCAGCGAGGAGCGUUUUAGGCCUUCCCUGGAAGAGCGCCUGGAGAGCAUCAUUAGCGGUGCAGCCCUGAUGGCUGAUUCGUCUUGCACACGCGAUGAUCGACGGGAGCGCAUAGUUGCCGAAUGUAAUGCUGUGCGACAGGCCUUGCAAGAUCUCCUUUCAGAAUACAUGGGGAAUGCUGGACGCAAGGAAAGAAGCGAUGCUUUAAAUUCUGCCAUAGACAAAAUGACAAAAAAGACAAGAGAUCUGCGUAGACAGCUCCGCAAAGCUGUUAUGGACCAUGUUUCAGAUUCCUUUCUGGAAACAAAUGUACCACUUCUAGUUUUGAUUGAAGCUGCCAAGAAUGGGAAUGAGAAAGAAGUCAAGGAGUAUGCACAAGUUUUCCGCGAACAUGCCAACAAGCUGAUUGAGGUUGCUAACUUGGCCUGUUCCAUCUCAAAUAACGAAGAAGGUGUGAAAUUAGUUCACAUGUCAGCAAACCAACUUGAAGCACUCUGUCCUCAGGUAAUUAAUGCAGCCUUAGCUUUGGCCGCCAAGCCACAGAGCAAGCUGGCUCAAGAAAACAUGGAGUUGUUUAAAGAGCAGUGGGAAAAGCAAGUCCGUGUGUUGACAGACGCAGUGGAUGACAUCACUUCCAUUGAUGACUUCCUGGCAGUAUCAGAGAAUCAUAUCCUGGAAGAUGUAAACAAGUGUGUCAUUGCUCUUCAAGAAAAAGAUGUUGAUGGCUUGGAUCGCACUGCAGGUGCAAUUCGAGGCCGCGCAGCCAGGGUAAUUCAUGUUGUCACUUCUGAAAUGGAUAAUUAUGAACCUGGGGUCUACACAGAGAAGGUUCUAGAAGCCACCAAGCUGCUGUCAAACACAGUUAUGCCACGUUUUACCGAGCAAGUCGAAGCUGCUGUGGAAGCGCUGAGUUCUGACCCUGCUCAGCCAAUGGACGAAAAUGAAUUUAUCGAUGCUUCUCGGUUGGUGUAUGAUGGGAUUCGUGACAUCAGAAAAGCUGUGUUGAUGAUCAGAACUCCCGAAGAAUUGGAUGACUCGGACUUUGAGACGGAAGACUUCGAUGUUCGAAGCAGAACAAGCGUUCAGACGGAAGAUGAUCAACUCAUUGCUGGCCAAAGUGCAAGGGCUAUCAUGGCUCAGCUCCCUCAAGAGCAGAAAGCAAAAAUUGCUGAACAGGUAGCCAGCUUCCAGGAAGAAAAGAGUAAACUGGAUGCAGAAGUUUCCAAAUGGGAUGACAGCGGUAAUGACAUUAUUGUUCUGGCAAAACAAAUGUGCAUGAUUAUGAUGGAGAUGACAGACUUCACCAGGGGUAAAGGGCCAUUAAAGAAUACAUCCGAUGUUAUUAGUGCAGCAAAGAAAAUUGCAGAAGCUGGGUCAAGAAUGGACAAGCUAGGGCGGACAAUUGCAGAUCAUUGUCCAGAUUCUGCUUGCAAGCAGGACCUGCUGGCUUACCUACAGCGUAUUGCUUUGUAUUGCCAUCAGCUGAACAUCUGCAGCAAAGUGAAGGCAGAAGUGCAGAACCUUGGUGGAGAACUGGUCGUAUCUGGGGUGGAUAGCGCCAUGUCGUUGAUACAGGCGGCAAAGAACCUGAUGAACGCCGUGGUACAAACCGUGAAGGCCUCCUAUGUGGCGUCCACCAAGUACCAGAAGUCACAAGGGAUGGCAUCUCUGAACCUACCAGCAGUGUCUUGGAAGAUGAAGGCGCCCGAGAAGAAGCCACUGGUCAAGCGCGAGAAGCAAGACGAGACACAGACCAAGAUCAAGCGGGCCUCCCAGAAGAAGCACGUGAACCCGGUGCAAGCGCUCAGCGAAUUCAAAGCGAUGGAGAGCAUUUAG